UUCAACCAGGAGGACCGAGGUACUUGCCCAUGACUUACUAAAGCAGUUAACUGAUGAUAUCAAAGAUGCACCCUGCCUUUCACUUGUGGUGGAUGAGUCAACAGAUAGCACAGACCAAGCCCAGCUAUGUGUGUUGGUCAGAUAUUUCAGCAAGGCCAAGGGGACAUUCUGUGAAGACAUACUGGGCCUUACUCCACUCUGUCACACUAGAGGAGAGGACAUCUACGAAGCUAUCAUGCAGAUGCUUAAUGAACGGGGAAUUGAUGUCAAGCACAUUUUGUCCAUCACUACUGAUGGUGCUCCAGCCAUGAUAGGGAAGGAGAAGGGAGCUGUUCAGCAUCUGAAAGAGCAGCACUCCGACCUGCUGACAUACCACUGUAUAAUACACCAGUCCGUGCUGUGUGCUAGCCUUGGAAAAGAAUAUUCAGACGUCAUGGAAACUAUUAUGAAGCUUGUGAACUACCUGAGAGCAUCCUCUGCCCUUCAGCACAGUCUUCUGCGGGCAUUCCUGACUGAGGUAAAUGCUGCUUAUGACGACUUACUUCUCCAUAACAAUGUUAGGUGGCUGAGUAAGGGAAGAGUCUUGGAAAGGUUUUGGGCCAUCAGGAAAGAUUUGGAGAUGUUUUUGUCCCAGCAGAAGAAUGUCAAAGCCAGCCAUUACUUGGAUUUUCUGAGGGAUAAUGACACCAUGGAGGUUGUGGCCUUUUUAGUGGAUAUAACAUCUCAUAUAAAUGAACUCAAUCUGAAGCUCCAGGGCCAAGGCAACACAGUGUGUGAUCUGAUGUCAGCAGUACGCUCCUUUGAAAGGCGGCUGGAGAUUUUUAAGAGUGACAUCACAGGGCCACAUAUCCACUUUCCAACUCUUCUCCAGCAGACUAAUGGCAAUCACCAUCGUCACCAUCUUUUCUUUUUGGAGAAGCUAGCUGAACAUUUCAGGAUGCGCUUUGAAGGCUUCAAUGUAGGCAGACAAGUACUGCUCUGCAUUCCAUCUCCAUUCCUGGUCAAGAAUGUUGAGUGUUGAGUUUUCAAAAGAAAUUAAGAGCAUCUUCCCGUGGGCAAGCAUGGCCUUUCUGCAAACUGAACUCAUUGACUUGCAGGAAAAUGUGGCUUUGCAGGAAGUGGACUGUGACACUGUUACCUUUUGGACUAAAUAGUCACAGCUGAAAAUUUGCCCAAUCUACAGAAAGUAGCCAUCUGUGUUCUUACCAUGUUUGGGUCAACCUAUCGGUGUGAGUCUGCAUUCUCAGCAAUGAAUGCUGUAAAGAACUCACACCGCAGCAGCUUGAAUAAUGAACAUUUAGGCCAGUGUCUCCGUCUAGCAACCACACCUUUUGUGCCACGGUUUGGGCAGCUGAUGGGAGACAGACAGUGCCAUUUCUCACAUUAGACUGCUCUGUAUUUUGCACCAUGCAUGUUACUUUUGUGGUGUUUUGUUAAGAAAAAUCCAGACACUUAAAUGAAUUGUUUUGCCACUUUUGCACUUGUUAUCCAUGUAUUUUGAAUGCAAAAGGCACCUUAUUUUUUCAUAAAAUUAAUGUUAAUUUGUUAUACAUGUUUAUUAAUUAUUAUUUCUUAAUUACUAAUAGUUCCGGACCUUUGUCAUUGAUGAAAAUUCAGAUUUGGACCUUUGAAUGUAGACUUUGAGAACCCCUGAUAUACAGUAUCUCACAAAAGUGAGUACACCCCUCACAUUUUUGUAAAUAUUUGAGUAUACCUUUUCAUGU